CUAAAAUAUUAGGAACUCUAACGAUCGUUGCUCCCUCUUCUGCGCAACGUUCGAUGCAUUUGAUGGUCAGGUUCAGGUAGUUUAAUAUUAUGAUGCACAAUGGAGCAUCUGUCAAAUAUAUUCUUUAUAUCAACGUGGAGUUUCGCAAUUUCACCGACUACUGCACACUACUGUGUAUGGGGCUUGUGUGAAUCGUCAGAGUAUUGUUGCGACGAAAAUGUAUGCUGCAGUUACAAAGACUAUAAUAUAUGGAUCACUGUGGUGAUCAUAGCUGGAGUUGUAAUUGGAAUGAUAAUGGCUGGUACAUGUCUUUACUACAAUCUAUGCCGUAUCUAUCUUUAUUUACAACGGAGAUACUAUGGUAUCAGUUCUGUGUCGAUGCCAUCAGAAUUUGAUUCUGAUGGAAAAUCAAUAAGAAUAUCAUUUCAGGAGUAACACAUAAACGACUCUUCAUCAGACCAAA